AACAAAUGGUUAAUCGCGAUCUAACGUUCGUUCGGUAUUGAGGUUCUAUUCGCAAAGUGAGACUCUGCCUUUGGCUGGGAUUAUAGCGAUCGCCUUGCAAUAAACUCGAUAUGACUCGCGACAAUCGUUAUAAAUAACAAUAAUAAUAACGGUUAUGAGUUUUAUUCACUGAUAAAAUACGAGUAAAUACUACACACAUUUUUGUGUUUUGUUCUUUAAAUAUUUUGUACCAAAGAAAUAAAUUAUUUAUAAGUUCAUCGGAUUUAAUUUUUAUAGAUCUUUGGUUUUAUUUUAUUUUGCCUAAAUUUUAUAGUAACUUUUGUUUUUGAUUGUAUCUAAAUAAUUUAGUACAAUGACUGAAAGGUUUAGUAUAAGUAAAGUUAAUAUGAAUGGUGGCAGUGCUGGUGGUGGUGAAAGUGAAAAAACAAAUGGCAACCCUGUUGAUGUUGUGGGGGAUCUACCCUCGGAGAGGAACAGCACCAGUCCUGGAGUUGGACUUAAACGAUUUAGUUUACUGCACCGAAAUGUUUCCCAAAAUAAUGAACAUGACGAAAGUAAUUCAAGGAAGUUCAGUUUGGCACAGUUGACGAGAGAAGCGCUUCCACGCCUUGACAACUACAGAACAUCAAAGAGGAACCUUAAGCGACCCUCUAUUGGGGAGUUACAUGGCGAAGAGACAUUGGAACCACGGGAUCUUCAUGCCAUCGAAGACUCUAGCGCACCAAAUGUUCACUCUAUUAAAUUGGGAUGGAUAGUUGGUGUUGUCAUACCAUGUCUUCUCAAUAUUUUCGGUGUUAUGCUGUUCCUGCGUCUCAGUUGGGUUGUAGCUCAAUCUGGAUUACUGCAGUCCCUUGCGAUUAUUGGAGUCUCAGCUGUUGUAUGUAUUAUUACAACAACUUCGCUGUCAGCCAUCAGUACAAAUGGCGAAGUUAAAGGAGGUGGUAUAUACUUUAUUAUCUCUCGCUCUUUGGGUCCUGAAUUUGGAGCAUCCGUUGGAGUGGUAUUUGCAUUUGCCAAUGCUGUGGCAGCAUCAAUGAACACAAUUGGUUUCUGUGAUUCUCUAAAUGAUUUAUUACGAAGUAAUGGUUUGAAAAUCAUUGAUGGUGGAAUAAAUGAUGUCCGGAUUGUGGGUGUUUUUACUAUUCUGAUCCUCAUAUUGAUUUGCUGCAUAGGAAUGGAAUGGGAAGUUAAAGCACAGAAUUUCUUAAUAGCUAUCAUUGUUUUGGCUAUAUUCAACUUCCUAAUUGGUGCAGCUAUUGGACCACAAGGAGAUCCGGAAAGGAUUGCUAAAGGUUUUGUUGGAUUUUCAUGGGCAACUGUACACGAAAACUUAGGACCUAGUUACAGAUAUUCCGAAGGAACUGAUCAGAAUUUUUUCAGUGUCUUCGCUAUUUUUUUCCCAAGUGUAACAGGUAUCCAGGCAGGAGCCAAUAUCUCAGGAGAUCUUAGGAAUGCCGGAAAGUCAAUUCCUAAGGGAACAAUGUUGGCUUUGAUCAUUUCUAUGAUUACGUAUGGAAUAUUUGUGGUAUUUGCUGGCAGUGCAGCACUUCGUGAUGCAUCUGGAAAUGUUUCCGAUCUUGUAAAUGGAACACUAUUGAGUGAAAAUAUACCAUGUAGAUUUAACAAUACUUGUGAAUAUGGUUUAGCUAAUUCGUACUCAAUUAUGCAACUUAUGUCCGUAUGGGGUCCACUAAUUUAUGCUGGAUGUUUUGCUGCAACUUUAAGUACUGCUUUGACAAAUCUGUUAUCUGUUCCUCGUUUAGUUCAAUCACUUGGAACUGAUCAAAUAUAUCCUGGACUGAUCUACUUUUCGAAACCUUAUGGCAAACAUGGUGAACCCUAUCGUGGUUACGUUUUGACAUUCCUUCUUUCUGCUGGAUUUCUUUUGAUUGGUGAACUAAAUGUCAUUGCACCAAUGAUUUCAAACUUUUAUUUGGCCUCGUAUGCUUUGAUAAACUUUUGCACAUUCCAUGCAGCACUUAUAAAGCCCUUAGGCUGGAGGCCAACUUUUAAGUAUUAUAACGUUUGGUUAAGUUUGUUUGGCUUUGUUCUAUGCGUGGCUAUAAUGUUUUUAAUCGAAUGGAAAUCGUCUCUUAUCACGCUUAUCAUAAUAUUUGCAUUGUACCUGAUUGUUGUCUAUAGAAAACCAGAUGUCAACUGGGGUGAUUCGACUCAAGCUCAAACCUAUAAAACUGCUUUAUCUGCAACGCAAAAACUCAAUACGAUUUCUGACCACGUUAAGAAUUAUCAUCCCCAAGUUCUUGUUCUAGCCGGUAAUCCUAAAGUUCGACCGCCUCUUAUUGAUCUUGGUAGUUUAAUUACCAAAAAUACAUCACUUAUGAUGGUUGGAAAAAUUGUUCCGCUUAAAAUUGGUUAUAAGAACCGAAAGACGCUUAUUGAAGAGGGCCAGAAGUAUUUGGAUGCUCGCAAAAUAAAAGCCUUCUAUAAUGUUAUUGAUGGAUUCACGAUGGAGGAUGGUACAUCAGCCCUAAUAAAAGCAAGUGGAUUUGGGAAACUCACUCCAAAUAUUGUUCUAAUGGGCUAUAAAAAUGAUUGGCGCCAUUGUCGGAAGGAAGAAGUUUCGUCAUAUUUCGAGAUUUUGCACAAUGCAUUCUCAUUGCGAAUGGGCGUGGCAAUACUUCGAGUUCCUGAUGGACUUGACUUCUCUGAACUCAAUCAUGAAAUUCGAACACCUGCACCUGCUAUCAACGGAAAUGCUCUGAAUCACUUGCAAUCACAGGGUGUUGCGAAUAUGACAAUACCACAUAUGCAAGCCACUUCAGAUAUCUUGCAUGUAGAUUCAAAUUUGAACUUACCAGGCAUGAUAAGUGCAACAAGUACCCUAACCGUACCACAACCGCCUCCAAUGCCAAACAUGAGCAAUUUGAAAAAAUUACAAACUACAAAUGACAGCAUAAUUUAUUCGACAAAGGGUGGCUCUGAGUUGCCAAAGGAUAUAUUAGACGCUGUAACAGUGUUUGCUAGGAAACAGCCGAAAGGAACUAUUGACGUUUGGUGGAUGUACGAUGAUGGAGGCUUAACAAUGUUGUUACCCUACAUAAUUUCUAUGCGUUCAAAUUGGUCGAAUUGCAAACUACGAGUGUUCGCCUUGACAAAUCGCCGUUUAGACUUGGAAGAAGAAGAAAAAAGCAUGUCAAGUCUUCUACAAAAACUUCGAAUAAAUUACUCUUCUCUAGUAAUGUUGCAAGGUGUCACGGAUAGACCACGAUUGGAAACUAUAACCAGACAUAGACGCCUCUUGGACGGUUUUGUGCAAUCAUCCGCUAAUCCAAAUGGUUCAGUUACAGAAGAAGAAAUUCAGAGUCUAGAAGAGAAAACUUACCGACAGUUGCGUAUACACGAGCUGCUAGUAGAUCAUUCAUCCAAAGCCUCUUUGGUUGUUAUGUCCUUGCCAAUGCCAAGAAGGGAAGCAAUUUCACCACCACUCUAUAUGUCUUGGCUUGAGAUGCUGACGAGUGAUAUAAGCUGUCCAUUUAUAUUGGCUAGGGGUAACCAAACACCAGUGCUUACAUUUUACUCCUAAUAGUUUUGUAAAACACAACAAAAAUGAUCUACUCGUACUCAUUUCGAUUAACUACCUACUUACAAAGAAAAUGUAUUUUAUAAAAUAUUUAAUUUUAUUUUAUUUUUUUGUUUUUAUAUUAUUUAUUAGCUUUCGUAGGCUAAAAUACUUAAUUUUAUAAGACCGAUAGUAUUAUAUAACUUCAAAAAAUGUCUUUCGAAAUAUAAAUAAAUUAUAUUUUAGUUUUUAGUUAA